UUAUGGCGUCGGCUACUGCGCAUGACUUUGGCCGCUCGCGUACAGUAGGCCUGGCGUAAUGUAAUGUUUUCAUCAAACGCGCAGCCAAAAUCGCUCUCUAACGGCCGCCGAUCGAAGGUAAAUGAAGACGAAGUAUUUAAAAUGCGUCGGUAUAAAGCGUUAAGAUCGAGCAUUGAAGGAGGAUAUUAAAAUAGUGUGUGCGGGGAUUGCGGAUCAGGAGCAGCUUCCGUUACGCCUUGCGUGUCACUAGGCCCACUGACCCACAUUCGGGAGUGCGCUCGAGGAAGUACGCGCAUGAAAUUCAGCAUUGCAUUUCUCGUUAUUGCACCGUGAUAUUAUUCCUCGCAGCGCUGCUUUGUGACCCAGUGGCUGACAGGAGGGCUAAGAUCUGUCCGGGGACCUGUGUGUGUUUUACGGCUCUCAGGUUGGCAAGUCCUAUUCACCAAUGUCUUCCCAAUGUGGAACGUUUAUUUUACCCCAGAUUGAUCCAUGAGCCAGCAUUACCAUGAGCUCCAGAGACAGGGAUGAUGACAGUAUUUUUGAUGUGCUGAUGGAGGAAGAUGAGAAGGAUAAGGCGAAAAGAGUUUCGAGAAAUAAGUCAGAGAAGAAAAGGCGAGACCAGUUCAAUGUCCUCAUUAAAGAACUUGGCACCAUGUUGCCCGGCAACACUCGCAAGAUGGACAAGUCCACCAUCUUGCAGAAAAGCAUUGAUUACCUGCGCAAGCACAAAGAAAUUGCUGCGCAGUCUGAGUCGAGUGAGAUCAAACAGGAUUGGAAACCACCAUUCCUUAGCAAUGAAGAGUUUACACAGCUGAUGCUAGAGGCGCUGGAUGGGUUCUUCCUUGUAAUGCUGACCGACGGCAAUAUCGUUUACAUCUCUGAAAGCGUCACCUCUUUACUUGAGCAUCUGCCUUCGGACCUGGUGGAUCAGAACCUUUUGAACUUCCUUCCUGUGGGAGAGCAUGCAGAAGUUUAUAAAGUGCUGUCCUCCCACCCAGAAACUGAAAACCUCAGCUCUGGUUCCCUCAAGUCCAAGAACCAGAUGGAGUUUUGUUGUCACAUGCGCAGAGGUUCUGUGGAUACAAAGAAACCACAUGUGUACGAAUACGUCAAGUUUAUUGGCAACUUUAAAUCCCUUGCCAAUAUGCCUCAGUCAAAACGAAAUGGCCUUCAGGGAAUUUUACAGCGUUCAUUGCAACCAGCCUUUGACGAUAAAGUCUGUUUUAUUGCGACUGUGAGGCUUGCCAAACCCCAAUUCAUCAAAGAGAUGUGCAUGGUGGAGGAGCCCAAUGAAGAAUUCACAUCUCGACACAGUCUGGAGUGGAAGUUCCUUCUGUUAGAUCACAGAGCACCACCGAUCAUUGGCUAUAUGCCGUUUGAGGUGUUGGGGACAUCAGGCUAUGACUAUUAUCACGUAGAUGAUCUUCAUUUACUGGCCAAAUGCCAUGAACAUUUAAUGCAGUUUGGAAAAGGGAAGUCGUGCUAUUAUCGCUUUUUGACUAAAGGGCAGCAGUGGAUUUGGCUUCAGACUAACUACUACAUCACCUAUCACCAGUGGAACUCAAGACCAGAGUUCAUCGUGUGCACACACACUGUUGUGAGUUAUGCUGAGGUGCGAGCAGAGAAGAGGAGAGAGAUGGGUAUAGAGGAUUCUCCCCCUGAGCUGACUGGAGACAAGCCGUCUCAGAAUUCUGGGUCUGAAUCACAGAACACCCCCAGUCUGAGGGAGGUGCUGGAGCGUUUCAGUAACAGCCACACUCCCUCCACUUCCUCACAGAGCUCCCGCAAAUCUUCGCACACCACCGCCUCUGACAACACCUGCACCUCCACUCACUCUAAGCUACAGAUGGAUGUGAGCACUUCGCCCCGGACCACCACUGUUGACGUGACUCCACAACGGCGUUCCUCUGUCAGCACCCAGUCCAUGAGUUCCCAGAACACCACUCAGACUGACUCUCCAGGGCAAAUCAGCCAACAACAACAACAACCACAACAAACACAGCCAGAGCAGCAGGUUCAGCCUAAUGCCAUGUUCUCUGCGCAGUUGAAUGCAAUGCAGCACCUGAAGGAGCAGCUGGAGCAGAGGACACGAAUGAUAGAAGCAAACAUUCAGAAACAGCAGGAGGAACUAAAACAGAUCCACGAGCAGCUGCAGAGAGUGCAGGGACAGGGGGCUCAGGUGAUACCGCAGCAGUCAGGCGGGCAACUCAGCAUGCAGUUGCCGCAAGUUAGUGGAGCACAAACAAGCAUUUUAGGGGUUGGGACACAGGCUGGGGUCGUAGCUAUACAAGGUCAGAAUGUGACAAGUACAGCACACAGUUUGACUGUCCCACAGCAACAAGUACUUCCACAGCAGCAGCCUCCACAAUCCCUGCCUCAGAAUCUACAGAGCUCCUCUGUAACACAGCGUGGUCCGGUUUAUAACACCAUGAUGAUCAGCCAGCCUGCCAAUGCCAAUGUUGUGCAGUUACCCAGCAGCCUGGCACCAAAAAUCAAUCAGGGCAAUGCAAUAAACAGGUUUCCUGCAGGGCAGCAGUUGGUCACCAAGAUAGUGACGGCUCCAAUGGCGUGUGGCGCUGUCAUGGUACCUACGACAAUGUUUAUGGGUCAGGUAGUGACAGCUUACAGCCCGUUUCCACAGCAGCAAGGUCAGACGCAGACUAUAGCACUGCAAACUCAGCCCAGUGCGACUGCAGAACAACAGUCUCAAGCUACAUCAUUACAAUCAAAUCAACAGCAGGGGGCGACACAACAACAGACAAAACAGCAGCAACAGUUUUUGCAGAGCUUUCUCCAUGGCAACCAAUCUGCACAACUGAUCCUGCAGGCUUUCCCUAUUCAGCAGCAAGGCACAUUUACUCCCUCACAACAACAGCAGCAAACACAACAACAACAACAACAACAACUUCAACAAUUGAAGCCACAGACUCAAAAACAGCAAAAAACUUCCUCCUCUCACCAGACUGACAAAACUAAUGCCCAGUCUCAGUAACAUGGAUGAACACAACGGCCAAUCGUGUCUCAUCUGGGUGUUUAUUGGACAGAUGCUGGACUGAUUGCCAGCCCUCUUCCUGGCAAAUUCUUAGAAACUGGUUAUGAAGGUAGAAGUGCCAAUCUCCUUAUUUAUUUCAGCAGCUGAAAGCAAAGGACUGCUAGCCUUACAUGGUCUUUCAGUGGAAACUGCCCAAGGAACUGAGUCUGUCUGUACAGUCAGACCGUGUAUCAUACCAUGUAAAUAGACAAACAAAAGCAUAACAAGAUAUUGAAUAUUUUAUAUGCUGCAUGAAAAGUUAAAACUUUCAUUUGUAAUGUACUACCAGUUUUAUGAUUUCCAUUUUUAAUAUUAUUUUUUGGGCUCAAGUUUAAAAUUUUUAUAUUAUGCAUAUAGUGAUGCUUUAAACUUUUGUCCUUCCCUGACGAUAGCCUCAUUACAUAUAGUUAGGUUGGUGUAACGGUUUGUUGUGGAGGUUUUCAUAGGCACUAAGGUAAAUUUUGUACCUUAAGUUAUUAUAUACCCUGUGUCUCUGACUCGUACAAACAGAUUGUCCCAGUUUCUGUUUAUUUCUAACAUUCUUUUGAACAUUUGAUGCAGAGAAAUUUAAUUUGAUGUGAAGUUUUCCAAUUUAAGUGCCAGAAUUGAGUUGCUUCUUCCAGGUUGUGUGUGUUGAAUGUUCAUUUGCUUUUUAGCUGAGUCAAAGUCGUCUCGUAAAAAGUUGCACUGUGCACCUUUCCCCAUUUCUUAUAGCACUUACUGUGUUUAUACACACUAAAAUGGCCCAUCCCUCUAGUGAUUGUGAUAUAAUGGUCUUUUUGAGUUUUUGUGUGUGCAUGGAUGUACUGAACGUGUAUUUCUCAAAGAAUAUUUAACGUGUCGUGAAUGAGCUUUUCGAUCCUCAUUCAUAUCGGUUCUCCCUCGUGCUUUUGGGAGCUAUGCAAGAAGCCGCAUACAAGGCAAAGCAUUUGUGUAUGUGUGACUGAGAAAAGUUCAGAGUACUGUUGACAUUUUCGAUACAAUUUUCAGGAAAAUAAUGAUUAUAUUAUACUUAUUUUAGUUUCAUUUGCAAAGUUAUAAUUGAAACUGAAGCAGGGUUAAUGUGCAGUUUUGGAGUCUUAAAGUUAUGAAGGUGUGUGUGUGUGUAGAGAGAGAGAGAGAGAGAGAGAGAGAGAGAGGGCGAGAGAAAGUGUAGGCUAUUGUAUCAAUAACCAUUUGUGAUUCUUCCAAUAUCGCUGUGUGGGUUAUGUAUUCUCCCAAGCGAUGACCAAUCAGUUCUUGCGUUGCAGUAACUCCAAUAUUCUAGAUGUCUCCCCAUUGGCUUGUUAGCUAUAUACCUCAGAAAUCCAUAUUGUUGACAAAGGUUUUUAUAUAAGAAAUAUCCAAAGCAAUUUUAUUUUCAUAUGGUACAGGACUAAGAGUAAACAGUCUGGCUGUGUAUGGACCGGUAGCACUGUUAAAAGAGCAGUAAGAGUUAAAGUGUUCAUGGUUUAUGGUUCUAAACAGAUUUUAACGUAUAGAACUAGUGUUGAUCUCUGGCCUUCCAAUUUUGUGAAGAUGCUGAUCAAGUAGACACCAACUUUCCCCUGAUCUAUCCCGUACUCUUUCAUAGUUGUGUUGUUUGUGUCUCAUAAGAUUUUUCGUGCACUGAAACCCCCAAGUGUGUUAGUUGUUACUUUUGAACUGAUUUGUUUCAUAGUGUGUGUACAAUCAGUCCCACCCAAAAGGCUACUGACAGGAUAAAGAGAGGCUUGAUUAGGACUUUGCAUAACAACUUUCUGUAUCCAGAAUUACCUUUAUUUUUGUACACUUUGUAUUUCAGUGUCCAACCAGAUGAUUGUGUGCUUUCAGAAUAGAACGAUGGUUGGUUGUUAAUUACAGAGUUGAGUGGUUAAUAAUACAAUAAUAAUAAUAAUAAUAAUACGUUUUCAGUGAACAUGAGUAUGGUAUAUUCGCCCCUUCUAAUAUCAUGUUUUAAUCCUACAUUUUUUUCACUCUGUUCAUUCUGAAUUGCUGUGCGCAUGAAGUAUUAAACCACAAGCAAAUGUUCGCAAAGCAAUCAUAUUAUCCUCAAUGUGGCUGCAUUUGUAAGCACUGUCCUCUGUCUAUUGACCAAAAACUGAUCCUUUUCCCUUCACGACAUUCAGUCUUGAAUUAAAGCAAACAAUGUUAUUUACAUUCUCUUA